GUUUGCUAAAACAGCCUCAGUUGCCUUCAAAUCACCGCGCCAGUCGCUCGUGCCUCCCAUUGGAGCGACUCGAAAAUCGCGAGUGAUUUAAAUAAAAAUCCAAAAAAGGAUUCGUAUUUUUGAAAAUAUUCCUUUUUUAAGUGAUUUUUUUAAAUAUUUUUCGUCGUUCGCAUCAAUAACAGCGAAGGCAUAACGGAUCAGUAAUUCAACCAUACAAUGCAGCGGAGCCUUUCAUGACAAACGACUAGAAGUUUUCUGUGCAAGUAGUACCUAAAACCAAUAGAAGAUGGCGCUUUUCAACAAUUCUUUCUCAAGAACUUACCAUCACUUAUUUGUCGAAUUAGCUGAUCCCAGAACAAACGACUGGUUUCUGAUAAAAGAUCCGUUGCCUGGUCUCACUAUCAUCGGCCUGUACCUAUACUUCUCGUUGAAAUGGGGGCCGAGGUACAUGGCAGACAAGAAACCCUUCCAAUUACAAAAGACUUUAGUCAUUUAUAAUUUUAUACAAGUCGUCGUUAGCGUAUGGUUGUUCCAUGAGGGCCUCGACGCGGGCUGGUUGAGGACUUAUAGUUGGAAAUGUCAACCGGUUGACUUCUCAAGAUCGCCGGAGGGUAUGAGAGUUGCGAGAGGUGUCUACAUAUACUUCCUGGCGAAAAUGUCUGAACUACUCGACACGAUUUUCUUCGUUAUCAGGAAAAAGGAUAGACAGAUCACUUUCCUCCAUAUGUACCACCAUACUGUGAUGCCUAUGAUAUCCUGGGGAGCCACCAAGUACUACCCAGGAGGUCACGGCACCCUCAUCGGAGUCAUAAACUCCUUCGUUCACAUUAUUAUGUACACCUACUACAUGUUCUCAGCCAUGGGACCCCAGUUCCAAAGAUACCUGUUCUGGAAGAAAUACAUCACUACACUGCAAAUGCUCCAGUUCUGCAUCGCCUUCCUCCACUCCGCGCAGCUUCUCUUCUACGACUGCGGCUACCCUCGCUGGUCCGUCGUCUUCACUCUACCUAACUCCAUCUUCUUCUACUACCUCUUCUACGAUUUCUACUACAAGGCAUAUGGCAAACCUACCAAGAAAGGAGAUGAGAAGAAAACAGAUGCUAAAGAAAUUAAGAGCAACGGCCAUGCGAAUGGCAAACUCGCUGCUAAUGGAACUGCCAAUGGAACCGCUAAUGGCAAAAAGAUUGCCAAUGGCAAGAAGGUUGAAUAAACAAUUUCAACAUUUGACAUGUAAAUAUUUUAUUGUUUAAUACCAAUACCAAUUUUAGUUGUAGCUAAUUUUGAAUAUUGAUUAAUUUUAGAAGAUAUCUAAGUAACGAAUGAUGAACAAAUUCUUGAUCAAAUUCAAUAUCUUUGACCGUUACUGGAUUAGAAAGUACUUGUUCAACAUCUAACAUCGUUUUGAUGUUAUCAAAUGCUGUGUAUAGUACUUCUAAUUUGUUGGAUUUAAAUUGUUUUAUAAUUAUAUUACGUCUUCAGUUAUGGAUAAGAAUGUUAUGGUGUAUAUAAUAUAGAUUGUUACGAUCAUGUAUUUAAGACAUUAUUGUUUAAAUUAAGAUGAAUAUAUUGCCAUGAAUCAAAGUGUGUACUUUGAUGCAUCUGCAGUUAAUUUUUCGAUCAAAUCUUUAUGUUAUGUGGAUGCAGUGAUUUAUUAAAGCAACUAGUUUAUGCAGAUCUAAUUAUGAAUACGUUAUUUUCUUUUAUUCAGUGAAUAAUUUUGGUCUUAUUUUCAUACUUUUUUAUUGUCAAUACAACUGUAAGAAAACGUGAUAAAAUUAAAUUGUCUUCCAAUUAUUUAGAGUAUUUCUUCCAGUUGGCAUAAAUACUGUUAGAUGAAUUUAUUUCUAGCUGAAUUUAAAUCGGGGUCAAGGACCCUCGGGAUAUUAUUAUGGCAAAUAUUUUUAAAGAAAUUGCCAAAAAUGCUAGCCCCAAUUUUAUAUUUUGUAAAAAGUUCAUGCAAACCCUUAAGCUUCAUGUUGCUGCAUACAUAAAAAUAUUCUGCUAUUUAUUUUCCACUAAUGAUUGUUCUUUUCUGAGUUUCUUUAAAAUGGUUUUAAGAUAGCUCUCAAAAAUAAAUCACGUGUAAGUAGGUACAUACUCUAACCACCUAGAUAUUUUUCUACGAAUUUAAUAGUAAGGUUACUUAUCAGAUUGUACUGGUUUUCUACAAUUAUCAGACGUAUUAUAGGAAUUUAGAUUUCUAUAAGCUCAAUACCAAAAUGUGACUCGAUGAUAGCAUAAUUAACUAUAACAAAAAUAAUACAGAUACAGUGCUUGACCAAGAUUUUAAAACUUAACAUCAAAGGAGAAAAAUUGCGUGACUGAGAUGAAAGUUUCUGCGUCCCGCCCACUAGAUGGCGUUGGUUACAAGAUUUUGUGACACUAGCGCUCUCUGGUCACAUACAGUCCCUUAUUGAGUGCUGAUUACGUAUUUUAUGUUUAUUUUGUUAUAGUUAAGUAUGUUUACCUUUAACCAAAAUAAGCAAUUGUUCAAGCAUCUUUCAUAUACUGUAGUUGCACAUUUAUAGAUUAAAGAAUUGUACAUUUGCGUAAUCGGGUUUAUAAUGUUUAACAAUAUAUGUGACUACGAUA